UGAGACACGCGGACUAGAAGAAUAGAAGCUGCUACAGUGUAACAAGUGAUUUGUGUCUCUCCAUUCUGAGGCCGUUUUGCAUUCGUCUAAAACCCGCAGCGCGGAAUAAAAGUUCCAAAACUGUAACAAGCGGUUUGUUUUUGAUAUAUUUUAGAACGUUUUCGCUCCAGUCAAACGCCGUGGCGCAACACUGUAACAAAGUAGUUUGUCUCGCGACGUUCAUUGUGCAACUAGUGGAAUAGAAGGACAGCUCGGCGUGCGUGUUUGCGGUAACCAGCCCAAGCAGACAAUGUUGGAUGGUGUUUUGUGAGCGUUUAAAGGGAAUGAGAGUGAACGAGGGUAGCACGCUUUGAGCACUGCAGCGUUCGAGUGGCCAGUGCCAUGAAACUGAAUCCACAGCAAGCUCCGUUAUAUGGCGAGUGUCUGUUGACUGUCCAGCUCUGUGAGGAAGAGUGUGUCGAGGAUGAGGAGGAUGUAGAGUUUUACCUACUAUUCGCCGGCACCACCCAGAGGCACAUUUCCAGCACUUUGAAAGUCAGCCAUGUCACGCUGCAAGCUGUGUGCCCAGCUCAUGAUCGUAGUGAAACCGUGCGGGUCACGCUGUGCCAGGCCCGGCCCGGGGGCUCAGUGGACCCUGUGGCUGAGGAACGCUUCCAGUUCGUGCAGGACCUCGCCCUGGACAUGGCCCAGUUCCUAGUGAACGCGGUUGGGAAGACCGAGGGAGCGUUACUUCUGGACGAGUGUCAGAUCCCUCUGAAGGAGUGUGAGAGUUUGGAUGAUACUCUGGCUCUUGCUCUUAGACAUCUGCCUCUGCCGGCGGGCUGGAGCAUCCUGGGCACAGACUGGGACACGGGCACUUGCACAGGCUUGGGAAUUGAACCUGGACCACAAGACACACUUUUGCACUUUGCUGCAAAGCGCGGGCUACGCAAGGUAGCACUGUUUCUCCUCCAGCAACCUGGAGGAAGAGAGGCCCUCCGACUUCCCAACAAACAGGGUCGUACGCCGGCCUGGGUCGCCCAGAAGAAAGGCCAUACGCAGCUCCAGAAACUGCUGACGGAGGUUGACAAUCUGCCUGAGUUGGAGACGAAAACAUCCAAGUGGCGUUACCCAGAAGGCAGAGCUCUGCGACACCACCCCAAGCUAAACACUUACACCCUGACGCUAGAGGAUGUGCCAGGGAGUCCCCCACCUAGCCUUCAGUGUGAUGUGGAGGAGCUCCAACGCUUCAUUCAGUCACAUCAGAAGGAAGAUCCUCCGCCACAACAUAAGCCAGCACUGCUGAUUCUUAACCAAAACUCCAGUGAUAGAACAGAGCCUGCUGACUGCGUACCAGCCAAUGCACUGGAGCCUGAGCAUCAGGAACUCAACUCUGAACAAGAAGAAACCUGCGAAUCGAACAGCUCUGCCGUUGAGGAUGGACUGUGUAUUCGUCAAAACAGCACAGGAAAUCAUGUCCAAUCACAGGACAGGGAGGUGGAGCUUGACCCGCCAGCUGUAGGGGAUACAGGCAAGGCGUCAGAUAAGACUGACUGUUCGCAGCAGCGGGUAGAAGGCGAUUCUGUGAAAUUCAGUGCCCCUUCCUGUGGAAACCAGCGGGAGGAAGCUGAUAUAGAACUCUGCGUAAUCAGUGCCAAACAGGGGGCUACUUCACAGCCUGAUAAAGGGAACCAAAAAGAGCAGGAGGCUUGGCAGAGGAGUUUACAGACUGAAAAAGACAAUAACGCUCAAUCUGGCAACCUUGAGUCCCAAGACAUGGGCCACGCACAAUCUCAGGGUCUCCUCCCCACGGAAACUAGUCAGCCUUCACAAAGAGAGGAGGAGAGCGAGGGGAGUGCUGAUCUAAGUUGGCGAGGGGACUUACCAGAGGAAAGGGAAGGGGAGACGAGUAGCAGCCAGGAAAUAGGCUUAAACUCUAAAGCACUUUCUUCCCAUUAUCCAGAGGAAAACGGUCAGCAAGACGAAAAGUUUGAGCCCAAGCUGCCUAUGGAAUGCUCGGUGGGAACAGACGAAGCUAAACUGACAUUAAUUCAGGUAAAUUCUGAGGUUACCUCGUCCGUACGAAACGAUGAAACUGUUAUUUCUGAUGGUGUUGACAAGCCACAUGGUAGCCUAGAGACAGAGACGGGAAAUCACACCAAAGGCAACACUGAGUCAGUUUCUGGUUUGGUUACGGAUGACGUUAGCAUAAAGCAGAACUCUGGAUUUAGUAUUUCAGUAGGUGAUCCUUUGGAAUCGUUAAGUCUGCAGCCAAACAUGGCACCAGGACCGGUGCAUAAAGUUAGACGAGGGCUCUCACCAGUUCCUGAGGCUUCUCCUCAUGAAGGUCCAGCUGUGGAGCCCUUGUCUGAGAAUACAGAAGGUUUUCAACAGCCACACCAAGUCACACAAUCUUCAGAAACUGCAUUAGAAUGUCAGGAGAUUUUGAAUGACUCAGACUGUGACAUCAGUGCAAUAGCAGGGGUUUCUGUUGGCAUCACUGCAGAGGUUUCAUCUAGCCAGAUUGCCGGGUCUCUACCUGAUGGAAGCAAGGAGGAGGUAGCCUCUAAUGAGAGGAUAAACCACCCUAAGGAGAUCUUUGAAGAGCAGGAAUCAAUUGAUGACAUUGUUGUCUCACAGUUGGAUGACAAAUCCAAAUCUUCUGAUGAAUCUUCUCUGCCUGUUGACUCUGAAGCCUUUAUCGUAAGUGAUUUACAGCAGGAUGUGUCUACGAUUCUGUCUUCUGAACAUUGUGGAGUUGAUAUAAUCAUAGGAACUCCUUUCGGAGGAGAAGAGGCAUCUGAAACAUUUGUUCAGCCAGACUCUACGUCCAAACUGGUUGAGCAGAUUCCUGAGGAAUAUUCUGGAGAUACCACAAAUGAAAAUCAAAUUUGUGAGCCAGGGGAACCAUCGGUUCUAGUGUCAACUUUGCAAGGUGAACCGGGAUUUAAAGAUGUUGCUCCAGAUGACCCUCUACGGGAAAGGGAAAUUGACUCCACUUCACAGGACACAAUCAACAAGCUUCUUGAUCUGCCGGAAAUCACACACAAUGAUUGUCCUGAAUCCAAUACACAGUUCCAGCUCCCAGAAUCCUCCAAAGAGAGUGCAAACACACCAUCAGAACCUACUGCAGAAUGUGUGAAUGACCUAGACCUAUCUUGUGCCUCGCCCCUAAGCCAAGGCAGCAGACCUUCUGAGACCCCCUUUACUGAUGGAGUAAAGAUCUCUGCUGUAAUUCCUGGUGGGGUUGAAUGUGUUGACAUGGCUACUGAUAUGUGUGAGACGACUGUCUCGAGGGACAGCCCAUGCUCUCCCAUGGACACCAGCAGUGGUUCAGUUCUGGAGAGCUCCUCCAUGCCUGACCCACUCAAUGCCUCAUCCUCAACAGCUGAGCUCUCUUCCCCUUUGGAUAUUAAUAGUGGAUUGCACCAGGAUUUGGAACACACUUCCCCAGUGGAUAUAGACAAUGGUACACCAUCAGAACCUACUGUUGAAUGUGUGAAUGACCUUGACCUGUCUUGUGCCUCACCUCUAACAGAAAGCCAAGGCUGCAGACCUUCUGAGACCCCCUUCACUGAUGGAGUAAAGAUCUCUGCUGUAAUUCCUGGUGGGGAUGAAUGUGUUGACAUGGCUACCGAUAUGUGCGAGACGACUGUCUCGGGAGACAGCCCAUGCUCUCCCAUGGACACCAGCAGUGGUUCAGCUCUGGAGAGCUCCUCCAUGCCUGACCCACUCAAUGCCUCAUCCUCAACAGCUGAGCUCACUUCCCCUUUGGAUAUUAAUAGUGGAUUGCACCAGGAUUUGGAACACACUUCCCCAGUGGAUAUAGACAAUGGUUUGUCUGAGGAACUGCAGCCUUCAGAAACACCUGAGAGGCUGAAUGGAUUACAUCAAGAUUGUUUGAUGGAUCACAGUGAAACUCUUCAGCAGUGUGCAGAGGAACCACCUGUCGAACAAAUGACAGUUGACGGCGCUUUAGCAGAGGAUGCAGUGGACGGACACCAAGACUCCUCAGUAGACAUGGCGAAUUCCCAAAUGAUCCACAGAGAGACGGAGACAUUUUAUUCAGUUGAUGCCAGUCAAGAUGCUGGACUCCAGGAGAAGAAAUCCACUUCAGUGAUUUCAGAAUUCCCCCCUUCGACCCCCUCACCCGAGACUGUACAUCACAAAGAGUCAGCGAGCACCAUGCGAGGGUCCGCCAGCGAUGGUGACUCUCUGUUUAGCCAGGAUUUGAGCGAGGACAGCAUUUUUAAUAAUAAGGCUGAGGACAGCAUCACAGUCACCAGCGGUGUGUCCAUGUCCUACUCAUCCUCCACAGACGACACCUCCAGCCUCGGGACCCCUAGCGCCAUCUCUCAGGCCAGCACAGAAGCUCCUACAUCAGACCCCUGUCAGGAAAACCCCACAUCUCCUGGAGCUUCACCUGUUUCAGGAGAAAUAGAGGAGGAAGAGAAAAAGGACCACUUGACAGAGGUCCUGGAGCGGUCAGCCAUUUUACGUACCUCCAUACGAUCCCUGUCCCCUUUACGCAGGCACAGUUGGGGCCCCGGCAAAAAUUCAGUGGGGGAGACGGAGAUUAGUCAACGCAGUACGACACGUGGUGAGGUGGAACACAAGUCUGCAGGCCAUAGGAGAAGCAUGAGCUGGUGUCCUUCGGUUGUCCUGCGCUCAGAAAAUGACGAAAUAAAUGAAAGAAGUUACAGCCUGGAAGGACUUGCAGCAGAUAAGGAAGGAAGGAAAAGCCUUAACCAGUGCAUGGGGGAGGCCAGCCAGGAACCAAACUGUCCGUCAAAGCUGGACAGAGAAGAGAGAGGCUCUCUUGUGUCCCUGACAGAAGAGGAACAGGAAUCAGACCUGCGAGACUACAGCAGUUUGGACAGUCAGAAGUCCAUCCAGUCUGGACGAAGAUGUGUCCCACAUUCACAACCUUUUCUCACCAAGUCUGUCUCCAUGUUGGCCAUCAGUCACAAAGACAUAGAUGCGAUCGGACAACCGCGACCCAAGCGAAGAAUCUCCUUCUCCUUCAGCAUCUCACCCAUGCUCCCCAAAUCUAAAACUCUCUUUUCUAUUGGCUCUUCAUCCAGUGAUGAGGAGGAGGCGGUCAGACUGGGCUCAUUCACAGGCACAUCAGGAUCUUUAGAGAACUGUAUAUCAGAGGAGGACCCGGGGCCAUUGCGGAGUGACAGUGAAGGCAAAGUUGGAGGAACGAAAGUGAGCAGGACAUUCAGUUACCUCAAGAGCAAAAUGAGCAAGAAGAGCAAGGAGAAGGAGAAAGACAAGAAUAAGGAGCGCGAGCGAGAUGCCAAAGACAAGGAGAGGAGAACCUCAAAUGGACAUCUAUUCACUGCGAUCAUGACCAUACCCACAAUCCCCUGCCAACAGUGCAACAAACCCAUCAACACUAAAGAUGCUUUCCUCUGCACCAAUUGCAAUGCACAAGUCCACAAAGGCUGCAGAGAGAGUCUUCCUGUUUGUGCCAAGGUCAAAAUGAAGCAGCAAAAACAGCAGCAGACUGUUCCAGAUUCUGCCUCGAUGCCUGGAGUCACGCUUAGAAGUAAAACCCUCCCAGCACGGGAACGUCCGUGGUCCACCUUCUCUGUUACCGAUGAUCAGCCCGCUACUCUCGCCCCUCCUCGGAAAAGCCCCAGCAGUAUCAUGUCUUUCAACAGCAACCCGCUGUCCAAGAGCAUGUCCAUUAAUAACAUCGCUGGGCAAAUUGAAGACCCUCCUCUAAAGACUCUGAAGUUUCUGUCCCAGUCAACCGACUCUCUUCACAAGACCAGUAAAGUCAGCGAGUCCACAGAAUCUCUUACUGAUGAGGGUACAGAGAUGAUGGAUAGUCAGCUGAUGGGAGAAUUUGAAGCUGAUGCCAAAGAGCUGGAAGCAGAUUCUUGGAGCUUUACGGUGGACAAGAAAUUAUUGAAACAGCUUAAAAAGGAUGUUAUCAAGAGGCAAGAUGUCAUUUACGAACUCAUCCAGACCGAAAUGCACCAUGUGAGGACCUUGAAGAUUAUGGCUGAUGUUUACAGUAAAGGGCUACUGAGAGAGGUUCAACUGGAGGUUCAGACUGUAGAGAAGAUAUUCCCCAUGUUAGAUGACGUUCUAGACUUGCACACACAGUUCUUCUUACAGCUGCUCGAAAGGAAGAAAGAGUCAGGGAGCCAGGAAGAAGGUGGCUUUGUCAUCCGAAAGAUUGGUGAUGUGCUGGUCUCUCAGUUCUCAGGUUCCAGUGCCGAGAGAAUGAAGAAGGUCUAUGGGAAGUUCUGCAGCAGACACAAUGAAGCUGUGAACUUUUACAAGGAGCUUCAAACCAAAGACAAACGUUUUCAAGCUUUCAUCAAGAAAAUGAUGAGCAGCUCUGUUGUCCGACGGCUAAGCAUUCCUGAGUGUAUAUUGUUAGUCACACAACGAAUAACAAAGUAUCCCGUCUUACUACAGAGAAUACUGCAGCACACGAAAGAAAAUGAGGAAGACCAUGCAGAUGUAACCCAAGGUCUGAAGUUGGUGAAGGAGGUGAUUGCCGCCGUGGACAAUAAAGUAAACGAGCAUGAGAAGAAAAAGAGGCUAAAGGAAGUGUACAGCCGGACCGACAGCAAGUCCAUCAUGAGGAUGAAAAGCGGGCAGAUGUUUGCCAGAGAGGAUCUGUUACGUGGGCAGAAGUUAAUUCACGAUGGACCGCUACAGCUCAAGAACUCAGCGGGCAGACUCAAGGAUGUCCAGGCUCUGCUGCUGAGGGAUGUGAUUGUGUUCCUACAGGAGAAAGAUCAGAAGUACAUAUUUGCAUCCUUGGACCAGCGCUCCACCGUCAUCUCUCUGCAGAAACUCAUUUUGAGGGAAGUAGCCAAUGAGGAGAAAGGACUGUUCCUGAUCACGGCCGGCAUUGAGAAGCCUGAGAUGGUAGAAGUGUACACCAGCUCUAAGGAGGAGAGGAACACAUGGAUGCAGCUCAUUCAGGAGGCCAUGCAGUCAGUGGAGGGAGAUGAUGAUGAAGGUGUGCCUAGUGAAAACGAAGAGGACAGAAGACUUCAAGAAAUCAAAGUCAAGGAGUUGAGAGAUCAGCUGCUCAAGAGGGAUGAGCAGAUCUUGACUCUACUGGAGGAGAAAGUGAAGUUGUUCAGGGACAUGUGUGACUGUGGCGUACCAGACGAGACCAGCCUUCGCAACAGAAUGAUUUUCAGGGCCACACCCGAUGACAUCACCAAAGGGCAGCCAAUCAUGAAAGAGGCUCUGACGGAAGUUGAGACAUUACAGGUUCUGGUAAACGACAGUCUAGGAGGAGCAGUGCAGGAUGGCGUAUGUGCGGCGGGUCCCGUGACUUUGCCACGACGGGCGGAAACCUUCGGAGGCUUUGAUAGUCACCAGAUGAACAUCUCAAAGAGUAAAGAUGGAGACAGAGAGGAGACGGAAGACUCUGCAGAGCUCCGCAGGACUGAGUCAGACAGCAUUCUAAAGAAGGCAAGCAAUGCCAACCCCCUGCUCCUACUCAAGAGGAACAACGAGCAGGUUCUUCAGAGCGUCGCGCAGCUCCAUGACCUGCUGAACACAUUACAGGCUGUUGUUAUCCAGCAAGACACCUUCAUCGAGGACCAGCGGCAUGCCCUCAACGAACGCCCCCAGCCCUCUUCACGCCACCCAUCCAUCUCAUCCCUCAACUCCUCCUCUUCCUCCUCCUCAUCACGGCCCAGCUCACUAAUCGAGCAGGAGAAACAGCGGAGCCUGGAGAAGCAGCGGCAAGAAGUCGCCAGCCUCCAAAAGCAGCAGGCUGCCCACGCCGAGGAGAGGAGGCGCAGGGAAAAAGAGUGGGAAGCGCGGGAGCGGGAACUGGCCCAGAGGGAGUCGCAGCAGCAGACCCAAGAUGAAGAGGUGCAGAGGAGAUGGAAAGAGCUGGAAGAGGAGAAGCAAGACCUGCAGAGUAAAAAAGAAGAGUAUCAGAGAGACCUGGCGCGGCUCAGAGACAGCCAGAAGAGACUGGAGAGAGAACGAGAGCAAGUGCAGAGAGAGACCGAGCUGAUCAGACAAACAGAGGAAUUAAGGAAGAACCGGACCCCUUCCACAACGUCUGAGGACUCAAAGUUCCAGAGCACUGGUUCAUUGGACCGUGACCCCUCAGAGGUGGAGCUCUCCUCGUCUCCAUCUGCCAGAGACUUCCUGUCCCGCAUGGACUCCAAACGCAAAGGGAAGAACCUCAGUCUAUUCUCCUCCAAUUCAAGCCAGAAAGGCCAGAACAGCGAGGCGCAGAGCCAGAUCCCCAGCCGCCUGCUACAGCUGGCCAGACCCAAGGAGAAGAAGGACAAGAAGAAGAAGAAGGGAAAAGGGCAGCAGAGCAAGACUGCAGAUUCUCAGAGCGCUGUGGUUCCAGACUCUACCCCAAUUUCCACAGACACUUCAAACUCCCCAAACGCAUUGUUUUCUCAAGGUUUCCCAGUGACGGACACCAACAUGAGUCCAUUUGUCCUGCUUUGA